AUGGGACUCCUUAGCGAUUUGUUCUCCAAAUUCGAUGAUUCCGUAAUUGACUUUUACGGGCAAUGGCACGUCACUAUCGUCAUGACCCUCAUUAUUGCAGUGUUCACAACGGUCGGAUUCGUCUUUGGCUACUUUAAGGAAUCGUUUGGACUCACCGUAAAGUUCAUACUCGCAGGAGCUGCCGUAUCAGCACUCGUUUGUCUCAUUCUUGGUUAA